CAUACACACACACAAAAAAAAAUGAAAUAAGCCCAGGUUCCGCGCCGCUCUACACUUCUUUCAUUUCAAUUUCAAAUAGAAAUAACUGUGGCGGUGCCUGCGAACUCAAUUAGUUACAAGGAAAAUGGAUGAGAAAAGAGGCAAAAGAGAAACGGUUAUUCUCUCUUCCUCCUCCGAAGAAGAAAAUUACGACGAUGAUUCCGAACAACAGUUCAGCGAUUGCGAUGAACCGUCUGAAUCAGAUGACACUGACAUCAAUGACGAAGAAGAAGAAGAAGACCGCGACGAAACAACCGGAUCGGAUGAUUGUGAUGUUGACGACGAAUCCCUCUCCGAAAAAGUUGUAUCUCUCCUUCAAGAUGGAAAGGAUGUAGAUUCUUUGAAAUUAAACGAAUGCAAAGCUUAUUUACGGAAACAUGGCUUGAGGCUUGCGGGAAAUAGAGCAGUUUGUAUUGCGAGGGUUAAAGAACAUUGGAGGUUAAUACAUGAAAGUGGGUACACAUUGUAUCCAAGAUCAUCCUUCAACAUUAAUUGUACAGGUGAUGUCUGCAUGGGAGAUGUGGUUCUGUUUAAGCAAAAGGUUUAUGAAAAGUUUAGCAAAAUGACCAGGCAUGGAAGAGUCAUAGGAAACAGAACUGUUGCUGGGAGGGUUGUAAAGGAAAGCUAUGGUGCAGCGAAACAACAACAUACCUUCACUGUUGAGGUGUUGUGGAGUAGUGGGGCUAGGAAAUUACCUCCACUUUCUCCUUUGCUUGUAAAGGGUCGUAAUCUCUAUAAACAGAAAACUUACAGACAGAGAUGGAAAAAUGAAGCUGAUAGGGUCAAAGUGCUAUCUGAGAAGCACAGACGUGGUGCAGAAGCUAGGUUUGUAAGAGCGUCGAAGCAGAAAAAGAAAAGCUGUUAUGCAAAUGGAUCUAAGGGUUCUAAGCGGCAGCAAGAAGCCCGCAAUACUAAACGAUCAAAAAAAGGAAGAUCACGUGAUCUAAACAAGGUUAGACAGGUUAGACACUAUGAUGGUUCCCGAGGAGCAAAUGAAUAUCAAAGUCAAGGGGCCACAUCAUCAACACAGGCAACAUGGAAUGAGAGUGUAUCUUCAAGAGCCUUCAGAUCUGCAAGGGGAAGAGUACACAACUCUGCCGAAUUUGAUUGCUAUCAAGCCCCAGCCUAUCCAUUACAGUCUAGUAGUCGACAAAUUCCAUAUCAAUUUCAAGUAAAUUCUCAAAGCCAAAAUGGAUCAAAUGAAUUUGCUUAUCACGAAAGAGGCUCAGUUCAAAAUAUGAGAGGCUUCCCACCUUUCAGGCCUGGUGUUAGUGAAUUCACAUAUCAAGAGAGAGGCCAGGUUCCAAAUAUGAGAGGAUUCACACCUUUGAGGCCUGCUGUUAGUGAAUUCACAUCUAGAGCGAAUGUAUCUAGUGAUAGUUAUCAUGCCCACAUAAACCGAUACAACUUUGAUACGAAUAAUUUGAAUGCAGAACAUAUUGACAGGCCAUUAUACUUGGUUUCUAGAGACAGGUAUGGAGGGAGAAAAUACGGCAUAUGAUGUAUAAUCUGUUGUUCAUUGGGAAGACUUGGCCUAUGAAUAGUUUUGGUUCACCUUUUAACAGUGGCAUACCCUGAGUUCUGCAAAUGUGCUUUUCGCCUUGGACUAGUAGUGUACAUGGUAUUUUUGGAUGAAUAAUGAGAGGAGUAUAAUCAUCUUUUCUUUCUUCAAAUGUUUUUCCGUAGUUAUGGGUGUACAAAUACAUGUUGAGAAAAUGUAGUUUUAAAUGUUUUUUAAAUAUCUGGUAAUGAUUGAACUAGUGUACUUGUUGUUUUUGGAUGAACAAUGAAAAUAGUGUAAAUGUGUAA